AGUAAUGCACACACAAGUGCCCCUCUGCUGCGCCAGUCUGGGGAUAGGAGAUAUCAGAGAGAGAGAGAGAGAGAGAGAGAGAGAGAGAAGUGGUCCAGUAUUGUCAGUUAGUCAUGGUAGUGUAGAACUGUGAGGUAACACAAUGGCAAUGACUGAGCAAAUAGAGACUGGAGCAGGCUGUUCCUCCAAGUCAUUCAAGCUGUACUCUCCAAAGGAGCCCCCCAACGGCAGCUCCUUUCCCCCGUUCCACCCCGGCACCAUGCUGGACAGAGACCUGGGCCCAACCCCCAUGUACCCCCCCUCAUACCUGGAGCCUGGAAUAGGGAGACACACACCAUACGGGAACCAGACAGACUACAGGAUAUUUGAGCUCAACAAACGGCUACAGAACUGGACAGAGGAAUGUGAUAAUCUGUGGUGGGAUGCAUUCACUACAGAGUUCUUUGAGGACGAUGCCAUGUUGACCAUAACCUUCUGUCUGGAGGACGGGCCCAAGAGAUACACGAUUGGCCGGACGUUGAUCCCGCGGUACUUCCGGAGUAUAUUCGAGGGGGGCGCCACCGACCUCUACUACGUGUUGAAGCACCCCAAAGAGUCCUUCCACAACAACUUUGUCUCGCUGGACUGUGACCAGUGCACCAUGGUUACGCAGAACGGAAAACCCAUGUUCACACAGGUGUGUGUGGAGGGUCGUCUGUACCUGGAGUUCAUGUUUGACGACAUGAUGAGGAUCAAGACGUGGCACUUCAGCAUCCGACAGCACCGUGAACUGAUACCACGCAGUAUACUGGCCAUGCACGCCCAGGACCCCCAGAUGUUAGACCAGCUGUCUAAGAACAUCACCAGAUGUGGACUGUCAAACUCCACCCUCAACUACCUCCGACUGUGUGUGAUUCUGGAGCCCAUGCAGGAGCUGAUGUCCAGACACAAGACUUACAGCCUCAGCCCCAGGGACUGUCUCAAGACCUGCCUCUUCCAGAAGUGGCAACGCAUGGUGGCCCCGCCAGCUGAACCAGCCAGACAGGCCCCUAAUAAGAGGAGGAAGCGUAAGAUGUCAGGCGGCAGCACCAUGAGUGCCGGAGGAGGAACCACCAACAACAACAACAACAAGAAGAAGAGUCCAGCGAGCAGCUUCCCCCUGUCCAGCCAAGUACCAGACGUUAUGGUGGUGGGAGAGCCCACCCUGAUGGGAGGGGAGUUCGGGGACGAGGACGAGCGCCUGAUCACGCGGCUGGAGAACCAACAGUUCGACGCGGCCAACGGCAUCGAUGACGAGGACAGCUUCAACAACAGCCCCGCGCUGGGCGCCAACUCUCCCUGGAACAACAAGGCCCCAUCCAGCCAGGAGAGCAAGAGUGACAACCCGACGUCUCAGGCCUCACAGUAGAGGAGGGGAGGGAGGGGAGGGGCUUCCAUAGUCUUAAAGGGGUUUCCUCUCCUUGUGGGUGUGUGUCAAUUGUCUGUAGUGGCUUCCUGACUGUUCUUAUCUUUUCCUCUUAAAGGGGCGAUCCGCAGUUGGAAAAAUAACUUAGUGUCAUCUCUACCUCCUGUUUUAGUAAAAAGCUGAGGGACGGGCCUGGAGAAGUGUAACCACUCUAAAAUUCAUAGACCGCUAUGGGUACAAGGACUGACCAUCCAAGAUAUAACAAACAUAUAUAUAUAGUUUUAAGCAUGUUUUGAGGCUAUACAGUUUUUCAUUAGAUGGUUACAGAGUAAACCACGUUGAUACUGUGGGUUGUGACGGGGUGCGUCAGUUGAAUUAAGCCCCUGAGACAUUUGAAGGUUAUAUAUUCCUCAAGAAUCAACAGGUACAUAUCAGUCAUUUAGACGUCCAGACAGUGGCUGUAGGGACUACGGAUCGCCCCUUUUCUAAUAGGGAUUUUAUCUUGGUCUGUGGAGUUGACUGAGGAUCCCACUGGUUGAUAAGAGGGUUCCUUUCCCUGUCUACCUUCCUACAUCAGUUCUGAUAUGAGAGCUUGGUAGGUGACAGGAAAUGACUGAGAGCUAUUACCUAUAGGGGCCUCCUCCUAGCUGGUCUUUUAAGGAGAGACCUGAGGAGAGGGAAGACGCUUGGGACAGUUGAGAUGCACCCAGGUAGGGGUGCAGGAAGGGGUGGUGGGGUAGGGAGAGGGCAGCUGAGCGGGGGAGGGGGACACGAGGACGACUCACACAUCUACCUUCAGAAGAAUCAUGGUCACUAGAUAUGGAGUCUUAACUCUGGUCCACUCUGCUGCUGCACUGUGUGUGUGUGUGUGUGUGUGUGUGUGUGUGUGUGUGUGUGUGUGUGUGUGUGUGUGUGUGUGUGUGUGUGUGUGUGUGUGUGUGUG